AUGAAACUUAUCAUUCUGGUUUCUGCUUUUCUCGCAACAGUCAAUGCUUCCGCGAGAGUUCUAGUUGGAAAGGAAUUCAUUUCCAUGUAUCCGGUUGCCCAACAGGAAAACGUCUUUGAGUAUCAAAUUAUAAACAUCGGAGAUACUGCUGCUAUCAAUGUCGAUUUCUCGGAUCGUGGUUCUUUCCCUACUGAUAAAUUCGAAAUCGUGAGCGGAUCGUUGGACGCAAAAUAUGCAGUGAUUCCCCCACACAGCAGUGUUUCCCAUCAUAUUGUUGUUGUUCCUCGUGUUCCCCAUGCGAUUGAAGACAAGGAUGUCCUUGUUGACUACACCGACUCUGAAUCCAAAAUUUCGUCUCGCGUAUCCACCCUCUGGUUCUCAAAAGGCAGAUUGACACACUUCUUCCACCAAGAUGCUCUGAAACAUAUCGCUGGUUCCAAGUACGCACAUUUCUUCGUAUUUGCUGCAAUUGCAACACCAGUCACCGGAUUGUCUGCUCUCCUCUACUGGGUUUCAAAGUCUCGAUACACAUUGCCAAAGCGUAAUUGA